AUGUGCGGUUGCGUUUUAGUUGAAGAAGUGAUCGAGGAGAUUCGAGAAAAGAAGACUUAUCGUAACUGGAUGAACUCUAUGGGAUUUAAUCCUUACCUUAACUGGCUCUAUAGCGAUUUGCAAAACAAUAGAGUCAUCUUCCAGAUAAAAGCUGACGGAAGCAUAGCGAGCAGAAUGGAGAACGCUAAAUAUGCCAUCACAUGUGGUCGACAAAUCGGUGCCAAGAUCUACACACUGCCUGAGGACAUUGUCGAGGUAGUACCAAAAAUGGUAGUGAUUGUGUUUGCUCGCCUCAUGGCGCGUAGCUACAUGCCGGACAUGAGGGAAUCGGCAGCACCCUUAACGCCAAUGAUGACUAGUUUUCCUGUAGAAAGUUUUCGUGCUUGCGAUUUCCUUCCCUUCUACAGAGUUUUCACAUCCGACCUUCACUUCACUAGUUGUACUUACUUCAGUGUGCGUGCAUCGCACUUUUUAGUGCUCCGGUUCGUUCCAUGUCAGUAUCCGGUUCGUCUCGUUUUAGUUUACAAAAUUCCAAACAGUUUUAUUUGA